CGAGAACACUAAACUGGACUGGCCGACCCGCCUGCAGAGCUGCCAAGCUUGUGUAUUCUAUCAAGUGUCAUCUUGUGUCGUGCAGCCAUAAUGGACAGUCUUGAUGAUCUUGAUGUGGAAAUGUUUGAAAUUAUUAGAAGUCCUGCCCUUGAUAUUGACGACUAUUUGAAAAAGUGGGGCGUUCAGGAGCUCAGUGAAAUUUUUAAGACAACGAAAUUGACAUCCAUGUCCUACCAGACCUCGAUGAAGAUAGCAUCAAAGAGCUUAUUCCAAAGAUGGGGAAGAGAAUCAAAUUUAUCAAAGGAUGGAGAGCAGAGGAGAAAAGACAAACCUAGCAUUGGUCCUCCUGCCAGCUAUUCUACGUGGAAGGAAAGUUUCUAGGGGUGUGUGCACUGUGCAGGAGACACUUGAUGCUUUCAUAGAUGUUCAGCCCGUGGUGAACAUCGAGGAGUAUUUGAAGUCUAUAGAUGGCCAGCAGCGUACCCAACCCUUUGUGAUGGCUAGAGGAAGCAAGCUGAAACCAUCUCAGACAUACGUAAUCAUUGAACGACAUGCCAUCGAGACACCAAGCCUCCUCGCUGCUGUAGAUCUCGCGUACAAGACCACAUUUGUAUUCGAUGUUGAAUACCAGCAGCAUUGCCGCCAAGUGUGGAUCUUUCUGCAGAGUGUCGUAUAUGGCAUCGGGGAUGAAGGUCCAAACAUAACAGUUACUCCUAAAGUUCGUGACCUGAGGGCAUUUCUUGACACAAAAGACAUCAUCUAAACUAUGAAGCUCAGAUAAAAAAAAAUCUAGAGACUGUAGAGUCAAACCCAACAUUAUUUCUCUCAGCCUCAAUUUCAAGCAUAUUGUUCAUGCACCCAAGGAACAGGAGGAGACCAAAAUGUACUGAACUAUACAUUUAAACCUUAUGUUGUCAACUUCUCUUGCAAGAGCUCUUUUAAAUGUGAAAAGCUACCUCUCAGCAUUGAUGGCAGGAAAAUUUGUUUUGAACAUGAAGAGACAUUUGAAUAUGAACAGUCUAGGAAAAGUACACUUUCAUUUCAUGUUUUUAUAUUCCAUUAAAAAUGGUUAUUUGUAUUUUAAUCAGACUCGAGAAGUAGCACCAAAGAAGCCCUUUUUAGUUCUGCAAAGAUCUAAAAAUACUUUUUUAAAAUGAAUAUUGACUGAUAAAUACAGAAUUUGAGGUUUCUGCAGAAAAGUCACAUUUUGUUUUGACAAAUCAUAUGGGCAAGUGCUUUUUGACAUUAUCAUUCCUGUCACAAUUUAAGCGGAAUUGUUGGGCCCCCAGCAAUUUAUAAAUAUAGUUGGGAGUCAAACAAAUCUUCCAGUCAAUAUUUUUCUUUAAAAAGAAUUCUUUUAAAAAUCUUUGCAGAAGGGUGUGGCCAUUAUGUGACCACUGACCCAUAACUAGCUUCUCACCAUCAGCUGUUUGAUUCUGCUUAUUCAGAAAAUAUCACAAUUUCAUGCUAAUCAUGUAUGCUCUGUCUCUAAGUGUCUUCAUAAUGUGUAAUUUGUCUUUGCAUAUUUAUCAAAUUUUGGAGCAUGCACAUAUAGCAAGCCAAGAAAUUAAUAAUCAGUUCGAGGUAUUUUUUACGCCUCAAAUCAUACAAAAUGGUGUUUUAUCAGAGCGCUACAUUUAUGAGACCCUUUGCCUUAUAUCUUGAUAAUGAUAACUAGAAGGAUGCGUACGUUACUUUGCUAUACUGAUUAUACUGAAAACAUAAACCCCAAAUCAUUGCAUUACCUGCAAAGUAUAAUGCCUUAAAUUUAUACAGAAAAUUCCUAUUGUUACUUUCCUUUGUUCUCUAAUAGCUUUUGUCUUGAUGAAUACAUUCUGUCCAAAAGAUGCAAACAAAAUAUCCCAUGUACAUCUCCAUUUCUGAUUUUGAUAUAUGAAAAUGGACAAGUAAGUCUUUGUUUUUGACUUCAUCACUUCUAUUGCGUUGAUCAAUAGCUUGACAGUAUAAGGAUUAGACAAUGUACGAUUUAUGUUGUUUUUGGUUUUCAUUGCUAAGUUAAGUAUUUGAGCAUUGUUAUCUCAAGGAUCAGUUUGUGUAUAAACAAAUAUACCUGCAAUCUAUUGUUUAAAGUAAUGAUUACUUAUUUCAGCAUCAGAUUUUUCAGAUUUGGCUGAGUGAUUACUAAUUUGUGUUAAUAGAAACACCAUUAAUUGUUUUUAACAGCCUGAUUGUUAGUCAAAAGUGAGGGAGUUAUUGUUGUCUACUUUUAAAAGUGUUAUGCAUGGAGAAAAACCAAUCAAGCAGGCCAUAUGCAAA